GGCGCAGCUAACGACAAGAACCCAGCGAGGCAAGCAAUAGACAUCCUAACACGGGUCAACGUGCCGUCAGCGCGGUGGCGGAUCGGCGCCGGUCUCAGGAAGGUUUUCGAGGAGCACUACGCGUUGAACGAUAGCGUGCUGUCUGCAGGUUUUGUCUCAGGGGACGCCUCCCGCAUGCGCCGCAUCUUGCAGAAGCUCGCGAGAAAUGCGACUGUGAUCGUGGAGGUAUUUGGCGGCUCCUUUACGAUGGGCGCUGGCUGCGGCGAAAACCAGACCCAUGCUUCCAGCGCCUGUUGCUGGUCCGAGCGCUCCGCCAAUUGGUGGCGACAUGCGUUCCCAGGAAGGCAGCUGCUCUGGGAGAAUCGAGCCCAAUCUGGUGUCAGCUCUGAGUUUCUUUUGGGCGGCAUUGGCGCAGUCGUGAAUGGCUGGCACUAGGAGCCUGAUUUGAUCUUCGUCGCCUCCAGCGUAAAUGACGCGGGAGGUAGCUGGAAGAAGAGUGCCCUGUUGGGGCUCGAGGGCCUAAUUCGAGCCCUUCGCUCGCUGCUGCCCGGCACGCAGGUCAUCCUGGUAGAGGACGGCUGCAAACACUGCGUGCCGAUGGCGCCCCGUCGGAGGGAGCUGGCGAGGCACUACGACGUGCCCGUGGUGGACUACGCCGCAGUGGUGCAGGGGUAUAACAAGGCGGGCCCGGAUGGCCCAGACCGCUUCUGGCCCUGGACGGACCCCGUCCUGAAGCCAACCCGCCCCGGAGGACCGCCAACUUACACGAUGCUGGGGACGGAGUGGCCCAACUUCGUGCCGAAGGUGGAGGUGACCCAGGUCACCUGCUGCCCCGCAAACCACCCCCCCUGGGUGGUGCACCAGUACUACGCCGACAUCGUGUCGGCGUCCGUGCUGCGGAUGCUGCGGGGCUUCUGCUCGGAGGGCGCGGCGGGGGAGCCAGGGCCGCCGCCGCCCCUGCCGGCCCCGGUGGGGCCGAAGGAGGAGCUGGACCGCAUAUCGGGGUGCCUCCGGCCGCUGACGAUGUACGACGCGAGGGGGUCCUCGGCGAGCGACGGGAUCGAGGCCACGGGCGGGUGGAGCCUGGCCGAAGACGUGCCGGGGCGCCCGGGGUGGAUCUCCACAAAUGUGGGGGCGACGCUCAGCUUCCGAGUGCGCUUCGGCCGCUCUGAACGCGCCCUGCUGAGCCUGGGGUAUCUGCGGAGCUACGAGGGAGUGGGGACCGCGACGGUGGAGGCCUGGAGCGUGGCUUCCAACGGGAGCGCCAGCUCCCGGCCCAGGCGGAAGCGGGAGCUCCAGGCGCUCUGGGCCGAGCGCGUCUCUCUGCCCGCCACGUUCGUGGCGUUCGAGGGGUGGGACGAUCCGAUCCACGAUCUCCAGAGCGAAGCCGACAAGGCCGCCCUGCUUGCCAAGAGGAGGCGGGGGCAGGACGCCACCUACGAGGCGGUCGUGAAGUUCACGCACGCCCGCGGGCCGAAGUUCAAGGUCCUCAGCGUCAUCACGUGCUGACGGGCCACGGCCCGCUUUCUGCUCCGCGUGCCCAGGCUCCCGGAGCCCGAGCGCCCAAAGCUGGCCGGCGAGCGCCCGUGCGCCGUGCACAUCAAAGGCCUCGCCGUUCUUCCCAGUGGCCGCGCCGUGUGCCCAGGCCCCCGACGUCGUGAUUCUUCCACGACGUGACCCUUAGGAAUCUGGACCCGCUCCAGGGAUCGGUUCUUUAUCCUGAGUCAUUUCGGGAGGGUCCCGAGGCCCGGUGGGCCCGUGGGAGGCCGAAAACAGCGGUGGAGGGCGCCCUGGACCGUCCGGCGGAGGCGCCCACGGUGGCAGCUGUUCUUCAUCUCGAAGAAGAACCGUCAUAAGUACAAGCUGAGAGCUCCGCGCGGAUUUCUUGGAACGGCGCUGGCCCCCCCUCGCGCGCUCCGCGCGCCAGAAUAUGUAUGUCUUGGAACCGCUCGGACGUCUGCAUUCCUUCGCGGCGAGGGCCAUCGAGGAACAUCCUGCAUCGUCUUGCGAGAA